GAUCUUCAAACAUAAGCUCCUGACGAUAGGUAUAUAAAAGGAAAUAUAUUCAAUAGAAAUAUCAAACUGAAUUCAGUGGUGGAUUGAAUAUAACAUCAUUUUCAUGAUGAAGUUCUUCAUUAUAUUCUUUUUUGCUCUCGCCGCAACAGAAGCUCUUGGUGAUAAGGAGAAAUGGCAGAAUUUCAAAAUCAAUUUCUCCAAGUCCUACCAAAACGUGGUAGAAGAAAAAAGGCGUUUCAAUAUUUUUCUGUCGAAUUUGUUGAGGAUCGAAGAACACAACCAAAAUUUCAGUCGCGGUUUGUCAACCUAUGAAAUGGGAGUCAACAAAUUUGCUGAUCUAACUCCUGAAGAAUUUAUGGAAAGAUUCAGGCCCUUAAGGAAAACAAAGCCAAAGUUUCUCAGCGAACAAGCAAAAUUCAAUUUCGAUGGAGAUCUGCCUGCUGAAGUUGAUUGGACCAAACGAGGAGCAGUUACAGAAGUCAAAAGUCAAGGUUCCUGUGGAUCUUGCUGGGCCUUUAGUACAACGGGAUCAGUGGAGAGUCACAACUUUAUAAAAACUGGAAAGUUGAUUUCCCUUAGCGAACAACAAUUGGUGGACUGUGUGAAGAAUAACUCUGGAUGUGGCGGUGGUUGGAUGGAUAUAGCUCUGGAAUAUAUCGAGGCCGAUGGCAUUAUGUUAGAAGAUGAUUAUCCAUACGAAGAAAGAAAUACCACGUGCAGAUUCAAUAAUUCAAAAGCUGCUGUUCGAAUAAAGUCAUACAAAGCUAUUAAGAAAAAUGAUGAGAUCGACCUUCAAAAGGCCGUAGCACUCGAAGGACCCGUUUCAGUAGCAGUUGAAGUAACGGUAGCAUUUCAGUUAUAUGCUAGAGGAAUUCUAAAUGACCCACAGUGUAAAAACACCGAAGGUGAUCUAACUCAUGCAGUACUUGUCACUGGAUAUGGUUCACAAGAUGGUAAAGACUACUGGAUUGUGAAGAACUCCUGGGGUGCUGAGUACGGAAUGGACGGGUACCUAAGGAUGUCUAGAAAUGCCGACAAUCAAUGUGGAAUUGCAACCAGAGCUUCUUAUCCUGUUCUGUAGGAGGCAAAGGAAUGUUUUUAUCUAUUCCAGGAAUGUCUUAUAUGUUUUAUGAUAUGAAAAUUAUUAAAUCCAUAAUUUCCUAAA